AUGUCCGGGCCCGUCGUCACUCGCGCACCCUCCGCACCUGCGCUCACAAGACACAGCAAGCCCCGCGUGGCCCCUCUGAACCCCGUCAGUGCUCCUGUACCACCUCCUAAGCCUUCGGUCCCACCACCCGUGCCUACCAAAGACCAAGCGGCAAAAGAUGACAAGGAAAAACGACGCAAGUCCAAAGGAGAGUUCAAGGAUCCACCCAAGGUCGUACACGAUCAAGAGACGACCCAGUCGUAUACCGUGUUGAACUUGCUUGGACAAGGGGGGUUUGCGAGGGUCUAUGAGGCGAGGGAUGGAGAGGGAAAGAGCGUGGCGUUGAAGGUCAUCAAUAAGACCAAGUUGGCAGAUACGAAGGCACGGACGAGGCUCUAUGCGGAGAUCAAGAUCCAUCGGAUGCUAAGCCAUCCACAUGUGUGCGCAUUUGGGGACUGCUUCGAAGAUAAAGACAACGUGUACAUCACUCUGGAACUCUGUCGCGCGGGGUCCCUGAUGGACUUCGUUCGCCGACGAGCCCGCCUGAGCGAGCCCGAAGUUCGACUCUACAUGGUCCAACUGGCUGGAUCGAUCUCCUACCUCCACACACAUCAAAUCAUUCACCGUGACCUCAAGCUCGGCAACCUCUUCCUAGACGACCGACUCGAGCUCAAGGUGGGCGACUUUGGGCUUGCCGCCUUGCUCGAAAGGGAGGGAGAGAGAAAGACGACAAUAUGCGGCACCCCGAAUUAUAUCGCACCCGAGGUGUUGUUUGCCAGCAAAACUCACGGGCAUUCCUACGAGGUCGACAUUUGGAGCAUGGGGGUCAUCAUGUUCACGAUGCUCGCGGGCAAGCCGCCCUUCCAAACGGAAAAAGUGGAGGACAUCUACAGACGCAUAAAGGAGAGCAAGUACGAGUUCCCCACAACGUUCGAGAUCUCUGAGAAUGCCAAAAAUCUUGUUCAAAAGCUUCUGUCUCAGAAACCGGAGGACCGUCCAACGCCACAGAACCUCCUUUCCCAUCCCUUCUUCACGGAGGGACACACCCCGCUCUGGAUGUCCCAAGUCUCGCGCACCUCGGCACCCAACUUUACGCCUGACGAGAUUAUCAAAGCACCAGCGAACCUCAAGGCUCUGCGCAAACGCGCGCAGAUCGACGAUGUUGGCACAAUCCGUGUUCGGCGGGAAGGUGUGCUGUCCGCUUCCGCAGCGAACGGCUCUUCUGCCCAAGCCAAUGCUGCCAAAGCUUGGGAAGACGGCGAAAAAGAGUUCGAGAACGCCGUCAAUGUUGGCAGCCCCAUCUCCACCCUGCUCAAGAGCGCUAAACAGCCUUUGCUCGUUACCGGUGAACCGGUCGGCGAGAACCUUAUGCGCAAGUUGAGCGUGGCCGGGGCAAAGCGAGCUUCGGCGCAGAAGGACCGUGACGCGCCUUCAAGUCCAGCGAAGAGCACCACCACGCGGGUUGCCGCCGCUCGCACACGACUGGGGGCCUUACAGAGAGUGUCUGAGGAAGACGACUUGCGUGGACCUCGUGCGACCCGAGCAGCAUCGGUGGCCGGACAGCGCAGGACGGCGAGGGAAAUGCACGAUUCCGAGAACGUGCCCCCUCAGGGGAUGGCGGCUUCUACUCGUGCAAGGAGCGGCACGGUCACUCAGGCUACUGCUAGUGUGAGGAGCGGCCUUCCAGUCCUCAGCCGCGGUGCGAGCUUGACGAGCUUACAUCGCCAGCCCUCUGUGGGUGCUGGGGCGAGUGCUGGUGCGGGACUGGUCGCGGCCGCGGCCGCGUCAGCGGAGGGUCGGAGAAGACAGGAGCCACCCACUAAUGCAGGGGGUGAGAGGACAAACGCUUUCGACCUCACAGCCAAAACCCUCAACGAGGCGUUCGAAGCGCGUGCCGACGGCAGGGUGUGGCGUGAUCCAGCGCUGGAUGCUGGGCUUCCUGGGAAAGUGGUGUUCGUCCAGAGCUGGGUCGAUUAUAGCCAUAAGUACGGCAUGGGGUAUGCACUCACGGACGGGACGACUGCUGUGUACUUCAAUGACAGCACUUCGUUGGUGCUUUCACCCGAUGACAACCAUAUGGACUACGUGAAGGCCUCGACCGAUCAGCGUCAGUACGUCCGCUCAUUCUGGAAUAUGCGCGAUUUCUCCUCUUCUGGUUCUUUAUCAAAUGCCCUACGACCACGCAGUGCGACUCCCACGCAGGACGCGAGUAACAGCCGCCCUCGCCCUCGCACACGGAGCAUUGGUGGUAGCGGCAGUGGCAGCAACGAUUCCACCCCCUCUUCUGACCUCAGCAGCAAAGUCACCUUGCUCCGGGCAUUCAAGGAUUAUAUCUACAAAGAGCUCUAUCGGCAGCAGAACUAUACGUACGUCGACGUCGAGAAGGUAGAAGGGAUGGACUUCGUUCAGAGAUGGUGGAGAGCCAACAACGUUACCAUGUUCAAGUUGAGCAACAAUGCUAUCCAGUUCAAUUACUCGGAUCACACGAAGAUCAUCCUCUCCUACUCGGGUAGAUAUGUCACGUAUGUCGACAAGACGUACAACUUGCACGAGCACACCCUCGCCGAGCUCAUGGCCACGGCCGUCGCACCACCCGAGAGCAAGACAGACAAAAAUGUCCGAUCCAACGAGCAGGUUCUCAAGCGUCUGAGAUACUGCCGUGAGGUACUCAACACCAUGCAGCGCAAAAACCUCAACGGGGAGGAAGGUAACCCCCAGAUCCCCGCUGCAGCUAGGGGCACCGCCAGGACUGCAGGCCUGCGGUAAGGAUUGCGUCCACCGUCC